GGCCCGCGCCCCGGAGUGGGCGUGGCCGAGGGCUGGGUGGGGCCUUUUGUUCGGUCCGAGGGAAGAAAGGGGAGCGGCUGCCAGUGGAGCCGAGCCCAGCCGGGGCCAUGUCGUACAUCCCGGGGCAGCCGGUGACGGCCGUCGUGCAAAGAGUCGAGAUCCACAAGCUCCGCCAAGGGGAGAACCUGAUUCUGGGCUUCAGCAUCGGAGGAGGCAUCGACCAGGACCCGACCCAGAAUCCCUUCUCGGAGGACAAAACGGACAAGGGCAUUUAUGUCACAAGAGUGACGGAUGGUGGCCCAGCAGAAAUUGCGGGGCUUCAGAUCGGAGACAAAAUAAUGCAGGUGAACGGGUGGGACAUGACGAUGGUCACCCACGACCAAGCGCGCAAGAGGCUGACCAAACGGAACGAGGAAGUGGUCCGGCUCCUGGUGACCAGACACUCGCUACAGAAGGCUGUCCAGCAAUCCAUGAUGUCCUAACUGCACUGUUGGGCCGCGAUGAAGAACCUGGACGGGGGACCGGGAAGGACAUUGAUCAUAGUUCACCAGCGAACCGCAGCCAGAUCCUUUGGGUGGACGCCACUAACGGCCAAAAAAACCUUCCGCAGAAGCAGCACUGCCCGCGCCAUCUCUGAACAAGCGCGCUCUGUGCGUACACAGAGGUGGCUGUGAUGUGGUGGGUACCACCGUGUUGUCUCUGAGGAGGGUUUUUUUUUUUUGGUGGCCCAGUUGGACCGCUGUCCGAGCUCAGCCCGGAAGCAUAGCAGACAUCCAGUCGAGACACUUUUGGGGGAAAUGAAGCCAACCCGAGGUGUAUCUAUUCUCCCCCUUGAGUGCCGAAAGGAACGGAGAGAUCCCUGGCAGAUUCCGCUCAUUUAUUCUGCCCGGGUCUCGCCUUGCCGGGGUCAAAAAAGCCACCGUUAACACUACAGAUGGGAGGGACCAAGCUCUGGCGUUCCUGGUGACGUGAAGGCUUUCUUGUUGGGGUGGGAGGGAUUCUGUGACUCAGACACCAAAUGCUCUUAACCUGUUUUGAAAGGCAACCAAAGCACAUUUCAUGUUUGUUAGAGAAGGCAUUACUGUAAAUAACCACUUGGAUACCGUCA